AUCCUGCCGGAUGUUCGGUCUGGUUCUGUGUGCAUUUCAUUUCGGUAGGCGGAGUAUCAUCUUCGGGCUCUCUCUCCUCUCGAAAGUCAAACAAACUAGCAUUUGAAGUCAGGUCCCCCGCAACACUUUAGCUGUUCCGUACUGUGUUCCUGCUUCACAGUCCUUCUAGUAGUCUGCUUCUAGUAUUUGUUUCCUUUUAGAUAUUCAAACUGGUGUUCGUUUUUGCAAAGUUCCUUGGACGCCCGUUUCACGUACGGACGGUUGUUGCUUGUUUUCGGCGGUCUCUGGUCACAAGGAAAAUGUCUUCAGACAGCAUUGACGAGGAAAACGAUUUUGUUGGCGAGUACAGAAUUGGCAUCAAAAGACCUCUACAUUUUGUUUUCAAAAUUUCUAACAGAAAAGAAAAUCUCCAUUUUUUUCAACGCAUUCUUGGAAUGAGGGUGCUGCGUCAUGAAGAAUUUGUUGAAGGAUGUAAAGCUCAUUGUAAUGGCCCUUAUGAUGGCCGGUGGAGCAAAACUAUGAUAGGUUAUGGCAGUGAGGACAGUCACUUUGUAAUGGAAUUGACUUACAACUAUAAUAUUGGUUCUUACCAUCAUGGAAAUGAUUUCUGGGGCAUUACCAUCUUCUCCAAGACCAUCAUGGACAGUGUCCGCAAGAACAAAUACAAAUUCACUGAAGAACAUGGUGGCUUUGCCUUGAAAUCACCCGAUGGUUACAAGUUCCUCAUCAUGGAACAAAAAAGUGAAGGGGAUCCUGUCAAGAAAGUAACGCUAUGUGUCUCAGACCUUACUCGCUCUAUUGAUUUCUGGAGUCGACUCAUGGGUAUGGCAGUUUAUCGUCAGUCUGAGCAGAAAGCAGAGUUGGGGUUUGACGGCACAUCCUGUAACCUGGAACUCAUCAAGAUAGCAGAACCGUUUGACCGUGGCACUGCUUAUGGCAGGAUUGCCUUUGCUGUACCACGACAAGAGCUUCCAAUCAUUCAAAGAACUUUGGAGGAGGAACGCGAAACUAUCCUUACCCCUCUAUUGGCGCUAGACACCCCUGGGAAAGCCACUGUUGAAGUUGUUAUUUGUGCUGAUCCUGACAAUCAUGAAAUCUGUUUUGUUGGAGAUGAAGCAUUUAAGGAACUCUCAAAAAUAGACACAAAUGCCCCUUCACUCUUGGACAAGGCAAUAGAAGGAGAUAAAAGUGAAGAAUGGUUUGAAAAGAAAGGAAAAACUAAAAUCGAAGGCUAAGAGAACAAACUGAAGACUGACUGAAGUUUUUUUCGUUUACAUGAAAUACUUUACGGGACACGUUUGAUUAAUUUUUAGUAUUAUUAUCAUCAUCGUUUGGGUUUGAUGUAAAUUGGCUGAUCCCAUUUCAUAAACAUGGAAGGCACGAACAGUCAGUGACACAAUCAAGCCUACUUAUAAUUUCUUGUGUAGGUAGACAACCACAAAUUUGGGAGGGACGUUUCAUUAUAUUGACCCCAGAGAGAUGAAAA